AUGAAUACUCCAAAGUUAUGGCGAGAUUAUAUACCAAGUUAUAAAAGGAAAGCUAAUAACUUUAAAAAAAGUAUUGAUAAAGCUAAUGAAGUUUAUCUUAAACUUAUAAGGGAUCGUAAACAAGAAAUAGAUAGAAUUCCUAUAGAUGAACAAUUAAAUUCUGAUGCAUUAACAAUGUUGUUGACAGUAAAUACUCCACGUGAUAUUACUACACGAAUCUCGGAUAAUAAUCAUACAAGACCAAUGAGCGAAGAAGAAAUUUUAGGAAAUGUAUUUGAAAUAAUUAGUGGUGGAGUUGAUUCUGUAUUACUUCGCAUGAUGUCAGUUGUACCAAUAAUAUUUAGAAUGUCACAUAGAGAUGAUAAAAUUUCUGGCCAUCAAUUCAGUGGUCAAACACAAUUUAUGCUUAAUACUUAUGGUAUACAUCAUAAUAAGGAGCAUUGGAUAAAUCCUGAAGUAUUCAAUCCUUCUCCUUUUGGUGGAGGAUCCCGAAUGUGUCCUGGGAAACAAUUAGCUAUGACUAUAAUUAAAACUUUAAUGGUUUUACUUUAUAGAAAAUAUGAUGUUAGAUUAUCAGAUAUGAAUGCACCUAUUAAAUAUCAUUUUUCCAUAUUGAGACAUUGUGAUGACCUCAAUGUAAUAUUGAAACCAAUAUUCCAAGAUUUAUAA